CACCGGAUAGAUAACAGCAAAAAUUGUUUCAUGUCACCGCCCAGGCCUCCGUCGCCGACUCCUCCUCGCUCCACCGGUCACCAAGGCCGAGGCGGAGGCCACGGCGGAGGGGGAGUGGGCGGGGGCGUCGCCGGCGCGCUGCUCAGGAGGAUGGCUCGCGCCGCCGGCCUGCGUGCCCUGGUCGGCACUAAGGCGCCGGGGCGCGUGGCCGCCGAGGGCUCCCGCGGGUGGCCCGGGUUCUGCGGGGUGGGCUCCUACUCCUCCUCCUCCCCGUCGUCGUGUGCUCUGCGGCGGACGCAGGCUCGGCGGCGCGCCGCGGGGUCGGCCGCGCGCACGCGGCCGCCGUCGGAGUCCAAGGGAUGGAUUACCGGCGGCUCCGCCAGUGACGAUGGUCAACUUAGCUGGGGAUAUUCAAGUUUCAAGGGGAGGAGACCUUCUAUGGAGGAUCGCUUUAGCAUAAAGAUGACUACUAUCAAUGAACAAAAAGUCGGUCUAUUUGGCGUGUUUGAUGGUCAUGGAGGACCACUUGCUGCUGAGUAUCUGAAAGACCAUCUGUUUGAAAACCUUGUAAAGCAUCCUAAGUUUCUACAAGACACAAAGCUUGCUAUAAGCCAAACGUUCCUGAAAUCUGAUGCUGAUUUCCUAGAAUCAGUAUCUUCUAAUCCUUUCAGGGAUGAUGGUUCAACAGCUGUGACUGCGAUUUUGGUUGGCAACCACCUAUAUGUAGCUAAUGUUGGUGAUUCUCGUGCCGUUGCUCUAAAAGCAGGCAAAGCUGUCCCACUGUCAGAAGAUCACAAACCUAACCGGAAAGAUGAGCAAAAGAGAAUUGAGGAUGCUGGAGGUAUUGUUGUUUUGGAUGAUACAUGGAGGGUUAAUGGACUUCUGGCUAUGUCCCGUGCAUUUGGCAACCGUGCAUUGAAACACUGUGUGAAAGCAGAACCAGAAAUUCAGGAAAAAGUGGUUGAUGAAAGCUUGGAAUACCUGAUUCUUGCUACUGAUGGGCUUUGGGAUGUUAUGCGAAAUGAGGAUGCUGUUUCUCUUUUGAAAGUGCAAGAUGGACCCAAAGCGGCAGCCAUGAAGCUGACAGAAGUCGCUCAUUCUCGCCUCACCCUAGACAACAUCACAUGCAUCGUGCUGCAGUUUCACCAUGGAAAAUCAUGCCACCAGAUAUCUUGAAACGAGAGUUAGUUCCUGUUAUCUGCGGUUCUACGAGAAUUCAGCAAGCGCGGAUUAUAAGUUUUACGUCUGGCGUGCACAGUUCACCAGCUAAUUUACAUCUUAUUGUUGUCAGCUAUGGCAUGAGAAAUGUUCCAAAAAAAAAAAAUCUGCCCCAUCGUUUGCUCUACAUUAUAAGAGCCGCUGUCAAAUUUUGAAUCUUAAAACUUAAUUUGGAGUAUUUUUUAAUCAUAGUUUCUUUUCCACUGGUCCAAUCUAUCUAGAUUGGCAGGAACUUAUACUA